GAGAAAGCUGUGAAGAUCUCCUGCCCCCAGGUGACUGUCCCACCCAGUGAGUUGAAUGUAGCGCCCUGGGAGGUGCUCGGCUGCCCGCUCGGGUGAGACGAGGAGCAGCAAGAUCAGACUCCAGCGAGAAAACGGAGAGCAAUGGGAAAUCCAGAGAACAUAGAAGAUGCAUAUGUUGCUGUUAUCCGUCCGAAGAAUACUGCCAGUCUAAAUUCCCGGGAAUACAAGGCUAAAUCAUAUGAAAUUUUAUUGCAUGAAGUUCCUAUUGAGGGACAGAAAAAAAAGAGAAAGAAAGUUUUGUUGGAAACUAAACUUCAAGGCAACAGUGAAGUAACACAAGGCAUAUUGGAUUACGUAGUAGAAACCACCAAACCAAUUUCUCCUGCAAACCAGGGUAUCAAAGGAAAACGAGUGGUGCUACUGAAGAAAUUUCCUCUGGAUGGGGAGAAGAUGGGCAGAGAAGCAGCAUUAUAUAUUGUUCCAUCAGUUGUUAAAGAUAAUACUAAAUACGCAUAUACUCCUGGAUGCCCAAUUUUUUACUGCUUACAAGAUAUUAUGCGAGUCUGUAGUGAAUCCAGCACUCACUUUGCUACUCUUACAGCAAGGAUGUUAAUAGCCUUGGAUAAGUGGUUAGAUGAACGUCAUGCACAAUCUCACUUUAUUCCAGCUUUAUUCCGACCGUCUCCUCUUGAGCGGAUAAAAACUAAUGUCAUAAAUCCUGCAUAUGCUACUGAAUCAGGUCAGACAGAAAACUCACUACAUAUGGGCUAUAGUGCACUAGAAAUAAAGAGUAAGAUGCUGGCCCUAGAGAAAGCAGAUACCUGUAUUUACAACCCUUUGUUUGGAUCAGAUCUUCAAUAUACAAAUCGGGUUGAUAAAGUGGUAAUUAAUCCAUACUUUGGUCUAGGAGCUCCAGACUACUCAAAAAUCCAAAUUCCCAAACAGGAAAAAUGGCAGAGAAGCAUGAGCAGUGUCACAGAAGACAAGGAACGACCAUGGGUAGAUGAUUUUCCUCUCCAUCGGAGUGCCUGUGAAGGAGAUUCAGAAUUAUUAACCCGUCUUCUCAAUGAAAAAUUUUCAGUCAACCAAUUAGAUAAUGAUCACUGGGCACCCAUUCAUUAUGCAUGCUGGCUUGGAAAAGUUGAGGCUACUCGCAUAUUGUUAGAAAAAGGAAAGUGCAAUCCAAACCUUUUAAAUGGACACCUUAGUUCUCCUCUUCAUUUUGCUGCUGGAGGAGGACAUGCUGAAAUAGUACAGAUUCUGUUAAACCAUCCAGAAGUUGACAGACACAUAACAGACCAACAAGGAAAAUCCCCUUUAAAUAUUUGUGAAGAAAACAAACAAAAUAAUUGGGAAGAAACUGCAAAAUUGUUGAAGGAAGCCAUUAACAAACCAUAUGAAAAAGUUCGAAUAUAUAGAAUGGAUGGAUCAUACCGUUCUGUUGAACUGAAGCAUGGAAAUAAUACCACAGUGCAGCAGAUAAUGGAAGGAAUGCGUCUCUCCCAAGAAACACAGCAGUAUUUCACUAUUUGGAUCUGUUCAGAAAAUCUCAGCCUUCAACUCAAACCUUAUCACAAACCCUUGCAACAUGUUCGGGACUGGCCAGAAAUACUUGCCGAAUUGACUAAUUUGGAUCCCCAAAGGGAAACACCACAGCUUUUCCUAAGAAGAGAUGUGAGACUUCCUUUGGAAGUUGAAAAAAAGAUUGAAGACCCACUGGCUAUUCUAAUUCUCUUUGAUGAAGCCAGAUAUAAUUUAUUGAAGGGAUUUUAUACAGCUCCUGAUGCCAAACUAAUAACAUUGGCAAGUUUGUUGUUGCAAAUAGUUUAUGGAAAUUAUGAGAGUAAGAAACACAAGCAAGGUUUCCUAAAUGAAGAAAAUCUAAAAUCCAUUGUACCUAUUACCAAAUUGAAAAGUAAGGCACCUCACUGGACAAACCGAAUACUUCAUGAAUACAAGAAUCUCAGUACAAGUGAGGGUAUCAGUAAAGAAAUGCAUCACCUUCAGCGCAUGUUCUUACAGAAUUGUUGGGAAAUUCCGACAUAUGGAGCAGCUUUUUUCACAGGACAGAUAUUUACAAAAGCAAGCCCCAGCAAUCAUAAAGUCAUCCCUGUGUAUGUAGGAGUGAAUAUAAAAGGACUUCAUCUUCUCAACAUGGAAACUAAGGCUUUACUCAUCAGUCUUAAGUAUGGCUGUUUUAUGUGGCAGUUGGGAGAUGCUGAUACAUGUUUUCAGAUCCAUAGCAUGGAAAAUAAAAUGAGUUUCAUAGUACACACAAAACAGGCUGGCCUCGUGGUGAAACUGCUAAUGAAACUGAAUGGACAACUGUUGCCUCCCGAAAGGAAUUCCUGAGAGGAAAACUACUGAUACUUAGGCCACCAUAUUUUGUGAUACAGACUUUUUUCCAUGAAAGAUUUCUUAAACUAUCACUUUUAACAAGGCAUUUAGUCUCUUGUAAUAUAUAUGUAUGCUAUUACAUUGUACAGAAUCUGUACUUAUGUUUGGUGUGUAAUAUACCAAUUACUUUUAUAUGAUAUCCUUAUAAGCUAUUCUAAUUUUUCAAAGAAAUGACCACAAAAAAAAAGUGUAGAUUGAUAGUCUAUAUAAUGUUAGACAAAAUUGUAAGCUCUAUAAAAAGUUAUUUUUGGUAAAUGGUAAAGAAUUUAGAGUGGAAUGUGAUGAAAUUAAAAAACAUAGCUUUGCUAUAA